UCAUUGUUCUAUCUAUGACAAGAACUUCGAGCAGCAGCAGAGUUCGCCAUUUUGGGAGGCAGCUUUGUUCGUAAACAAAGUAUAGAUAAAACAUCGUUUUUUUUGUUUUGUUUAGUUAGUUUUUUUUUAAACCUAUUAGUUGUUUGGGGUACAUCAGUCGAUAGAUAAAGUGAGGACAGAUGAUUUGAUGUGUAAUACUACAAUGUAAACAUAUAAUCUGUUCAACAUUAUCUUGCUAGCCUUCACGUUUCGUCGACGAACCAGGAAGCUAACGUUAAUGCGACAGGCAAAGCGAAUUCGUUCCCCUGGCGUUUGGCUCAGUGAAUUCAGCUGGGUGGAGAGCCGAAAGCGCCAGAAGCGAGAUGAUUCGAAUAGCAGUGUAAGGGAGAAUAAAUCUCGAAGACGUCAACAACCCCUCAAAACACAUGAAGGGCACUACCUGGAGACCCACAGCCUGAACCAGCAGAGGAUAGAGUCUAAGGACAGGAGGGCCAGAGAAGCCAGCCUGGAGAUGGGCUACGACGAGGACAACAGGGCCGCUGCCACCAGGGACAGAGAUCGCGAGAGGGAGAAGGACAAGGAGUGGCACCACUACAGCAAGUCAUCCGGGCGGAGUGGCAAGAGUGGCCGUAGUAGCCGCCGAGGGCGGAGACGCAGCCCUUCUCAUCAACGCUCCUCUUACUCGAGGAGCCAUCAUCGCAGGAGCAGGAAAAGAUCCCGGAGUGUUGAGGAUGAUGACGAGGGUCACCUGAUCUAUCACAGGGGAGACAUGCUAAGAGCCAGAUAUGAGAUUGUGUCAACUCUAGGAGAAGGAGCCUUUGGGAAAGUUGUGGAAUGCAUCGAUCACUCUAAAAUUGGUUCUCGCGUGGCACUGAAGAUCAUUAAAAACAUUGACCGGUACCGCGAGGCAGCCAUGGCUGAGGUGGAGGUGCUGGAGCAGAUGAACUCUCUGGACUGUGACCGGAGAUAUGGAUGUGUGAGGAUGCUGGACUGGUUCGACCACCACGGUCACGUGUGUAUAUCGUUUGAGCUGCUGGGGCUCAGUACCUAUGACUACCUGAAGGAGAACAACUUCCAGCCAUUCCCGGUAGAACACAUCAGGAUCAUGGCCUACCAGAUCAUCCGAGCCGUACGAUUCCUGCAUAAGAACAAGCUGACACACACUGACCUGAAGCCCGAGAACAUUCUGUUUGUGGACUCAGAGUACGACAUCGCGUACAACGCCAAAAUGAAGCGCGACGAGAGGACGUUGAAGAACCCGGACGUGAAGGUGGUUGAUUUUGGCAACGCCACAUAUGAACACAACCACCACACCUCCGUAGUGUCCACACGCCACUACCGCGCUCCAGAGGUCAUUCUGGAUCUGGGCUGGGACCAUGCCUGUGACGUGUGGAGUCUGGGCUGUAUCCUCAUAGAGUACUACCUGGGAUCAACUCUCUUUCAGACACACGACAGUAAAGAACACCUGGCUAUGAUGGAGAGGGUCCUGGGCCCCAUACCGGUACAUCUCCUGCAGAAAACCAAGAAGCGGCGGUAUGUCCAUCGGUACCAGCUGGACUGGGAUGCACUCAGCUCCUCUGGGAGAUACGUGAGGAAACACUGCAAACCACUCAAGCAAUACAUGAUGGUCCAGAGCUUGGACCACGACCAGCUGUUUGACUUGAUCCAGAAGAUGCUGGAGUACGACCCAGCUAAACGCCUGUCCCUGGACCAGGCUCUCAGACACCCUUUCUUCACCUGCCUACGCAAGGCCACCAGGAAAUGACCUUUAUUCCCAGCGUGGUUCCCAACCUGACCCUGCCUGUCAUCGUGACAAUCAUCACAACCAUCGCCAUGACAACUAUGAUGAUUGACGGUCGCCAUGGCUCUACAUUGACUCUCCGGGAGAGAUUAUUUACCUCUGGCUGUAUCAGUCCGCCCACGUGGCUUUAUAGUCCAUUGCUGUCAUGCUAGUUAGUGUUAAUGUAUUGCGAGUUGUAUCAUUGUAGUAGCAACCUGGUUCACUGAUGAAGCUGGUGUGUUAUUCUAUGGGCUGUCAGACUUAAUCAGUAAACUCCAGUUAAUGUUGUUUUUUUAAUUGCGAUUUAUGGCAUUGUCUAAAUGCUUUCCAAAUACUGAAAACAUCCCAAAUACUUUACCUAUUCAGCUAAAAACUGCUAACCGUUAGGCAAAAUCAAGAUGUCAAUAUUCUUGUAAUGUUUUUGUAUAAAAAAUCUUACAUUUUAGCUUAAUUUGAGCAAAUUCAGAAUUUGCGAUUCAUCGUGAUUAAUCAAAGCAAAUCUUGUAAUUCACUCGAUUACAUUUUUGAUUUGUCUGACAGCCCUAUGAGGUUUUUUCCCCAAGUCCCUGUUUUCAGUAUGACUGGAUUUGUAACUUUUGGAAUAUCGCUGUAUGUGUGCAUUUGUUAAUAAAAACAUCUGGAGUAUGAACGUAUAUGUAAAAAUAAAGUACCCUGUGCACAGUA